AUGAAUUCACUUCACUCUUCCUGUUGGAACACCUCUGCUGAACUUUUGAACAAAUCCUGGAAUAAUGAGUUUGCUUAUCAAUCCCUCAGGGUUGUGGAUACAGUCAUCCUCCCUUCCAUGGUUGGGCUUAUCUGCUCAAUGGGGCUGGUUGGCAACAUCCUCAUUGUAUUCACUAUAGUAAGAUCGAGGAAAAAAACUACUCCUGACAUUUACAUCUGCAACCUAGCUGUGGCUGAUCUGGUCCACAUCAUCGGAAUGCCCUUUCUGAUUCACCAGUGGGCCCGGGGAGGAGAGUGGGUAUUUGGGGGGCCUCUCUGCACCAUCAUUACAUCGCUGGAUACCAGCAACCAGUUUGCCUGUAGUGCCAUCAUGACUGUAAUGAGUGUGGACAGGUACUUGGCUCUCGUCCAACCAUUUCGACUUACAAGUUGGAGAACGAGGCACAAGGCCACCCGCAUCAAUGUGGGCCUCUGGGCAGCUUCCUUCCUCCUGGCGUUGCCUGUCUGGGUCUCCUCAAAGGUCAUCGCGUUCGAAGACGGCGUGGAGAGUUGUGCUUUUGAUUUAGCAUCCCCUGACGAUGUGCUCCGGUACACACUUUAUUUGACGAUAACAACUUUUUUUUUCCCUUUGCCCUUGAUUUUGGUGUGCUAUAUUUUAAUUUUAUGUUAUACUUGGGAGAUGUACCAACAGAAUAAGGAUGCUGGACGUUACAAUCCCUGUCUCCCGAGGCAGAGGGUCAUGAAGCUGACAAAAAUGGUGCUGGUGCUGGUGGCAGUCUUCAUCCUUAGCGCCGCCCCCUAUCACGUCAUCCAGCUGGUAAACUUGCAGAUGGAGCAGCCCACGCUGGCUUUCUAUGUGAUCUAUUACCUCUCCAUCUGCCUUAGCUAUGCCAGCAGCAGCAUUAACCCUUUUCUCUACAUCCUGCUGAGUGGAAAUUUCCAGAAACGCCUACCUGGACUGCAAAGGAGAGUGAUUGAGAGGGAAAGCCACAACAUGGAAAACACCUUAAAAUCAAGUUUUUAG